GGAUGUUGAUGCUGGCAAAAGCUAAAUCUAGGUUGAUGUUAUUUGCAGUGCUUUGAUACUGACGCGUACUCGAAGGCAACUAAUUGUUAUUUAUGGACUCUUAAAUGAAGUAACAUUUUCGUUUUGAAUUAACAUUUCAAAAACAAUGUUUUACCUUGUAGAGGACAUUUGGUUUUGGAGGCAGAAUGGCCCAGAUUAAUUAAUGAUGUUUUCGUAAAUUAGUUUAGGUAGCUAACGUUAGCACGGGGUAUUUUUCUUUCACAUAAGUUACUAGAUAGCUAACUAACGUUAGCUAGGUAAUGAAUUUUCUAAGAAAACAUGAUGGAAUUGGAGAUAAUUCGUGCUCAACGCUCAUUGUAUGUUUUGUAGCUAGUGGUGCGCGACACUGCUAGCUAGUAACCUUAAUUUCUCUGUGGCUAACGUUAGCUAUAGUAUCGUUAGCUAGUAAACAACGUCGUUCUCCCUUAGUGUUCGACAAGGCAUUUCACACAACUUCUCCCACCCGCAGUCGUGGAUCUCCAAACUCGGUCUUAACUUGAUACCAAUGCGUGGGAUGAUGGCUACACAGGGCAGCCCUGUCAAGAGUUACGACUACCUCCUGAAGUUCUUGCUGGUUGGAGACAGUGAUGUGGGGAAAGGAGAGAUCCUAGACAGUCUGCAGGACGGAUCAGCAGAGUCUCCCUAUCCCUACAGCAGUGGGAUUGACUACAAGACUACCACAAUCCUGUUGGAUGGGAGAAGAGUCAAGUUAGAGUUGUGGGAUACGUCUGGACAGGGUCGAUUCUGCACAAUCUUCCGGUCAUAUUCACGUGGGGCACAGGGAAUCCUGCUAGUUUAUGAUAUCACAAAUGGCUGGUCGUUUGAUGGCAUUGACCGCUGGAUCCGGGAGAUCGAUGAGCAUGCCCCGGGGGUGCCCCGCAUCCUAGUUGGCAACCGGCUCCACCUGGCCUUUAAGAGGCAGGUGCCCACGGAGCAGGCCCGCGCCUACGCCGAGAAGAACGGCAUGACCUUCUUUGAGGUCAGCCCUCUGUGCAACUUCAACGUCAUCGAGUCGUUCACGGAGCUGUCGCGCAUCGUGCUGAUGAGGCACGGCAUGGAGAAGUUCUGGAGACCAAACCGAGUGUUCAGCCUCCAGGACCUAUGUUGCCGUGCCAUCGUCUCAUGCACCCCCGUCCACCUCAUUGACAAGCUGCCUCUCCCCGUGGCCAUCAAGUCCCACCUCAAAUCCUUCUCCAUGGCCAACGGAAUGAAUGCUGUCAUGAUGCAUGGACGCUCCUACUCCGUGGCCACCAAUGCGGCGGGCGGCAGCGGCGGCGUGAGCGGCAACAACAACAGCAGCAGCAAGGGAAACAGUCUCAAACGCUCCAAGUCCUUUAAACCGCCUCCGAGCCCCCCCAAGAGUAGCAGCAGCAAAAGUAACUGUAACAUCACCUAGUGAGGGGCAAGGGAGGAACUUCUGAGGCCUCCCAUUGGGCCUAAUGCUAUCGCUGAUGCGGGUGCUCAGGGGCCCCAAUUUGGAGAUGCAUAAACACACAACAGGAACUGUAAAAGCUGUGAGUGAGUCCAAUAUGGCUUUCACUCUUUCUUAGACUCCUAGCGCCAUCUUGUGGGUCUCCGUUAAACCUACAGCUACCACCCACUGUAACCAGUAGAGCUCGCUAGCUUGUCGUCCUAAAACCCAGAAGUGAGUUACCUCUGUUUUUUUCAGACUUUCCUAUGGGGAAAGAAUAGGGGUUUUGAGAUAAACACUGAAAAUAAGGUCUGUGGUAAACACAGGCUUAGGAGAUCUUAUACACUUUGUUCUAUGAGAUAAUAGCAGCCAGUUAACAUGACCUUUAUUCAUUAUGAAGCCUUUAUGUGCUUUUUUUAUUACGUAAAUGCAUCCAAAUUCACAAAGUGACGUUAGCUGAUGAAGAUUAUCUCCUAGAACAAAAUGUAUAAUAUCUCCUAAGCCUGUGUUUACCACAGACCUUAUUUUCAGUGUUUAUCUUAAAAAACGACAUUUUCCCCAGUCCAUCGAAUCGUGGCGGAGUUAGUGCCUACAAAAAGACAACAUGACUAUUUCUCUCCAUACAGCCUCUUGGACUUUAAGCUGUGACGUCAUCACUCACCUUCCUGUCAACACUACAAGAGAGUAUGAGGACUCUGAACAGAUUCGCUGGGUAUAUUUAUAUGUAGACUUAUUGUACAUGUGUGGUAAUCGGUCGGCUUGUUUUCCAGUGGAUGUUUUGCACUGACUUCUUACGUGAUUCGUCUUGAAUGUUUUGCGAGUUUGUGUGGGAUUGUGUUAUUAUGCCUGUCCGUUGACUUUGUCCCUCUUCAAUACUUAUAGCCUAUGUCUGGGUCGUGUUCAUUAGGGCAUGCGAUGGAAAACGUUUUGCAGCGGAAACCGAAAAUUUGAGCGUUUGUUAUUGAACAAGCUCAGGUUGUCCUUUCUUGUUUGUCUUUUUUAUUUUCAUUUGCUGCCUACUGAACAUGACCCUGGUUUGAUAUGGCUCAGAAACACAUUGAGUGAUUAUUCUUUCCAAAUCUCACACGGAUUUGCCAACAAAUGGAACACUUAAAAUAUUGAAACUUAAAAAAAAUAAUAAUUUUACUCUCUGCACUCUGACAAAGUUUUCUUGUGUCUUAAUGUUACCUUUAUUUAACUGGGCAAGUCAGUUAAGAACAAAUUCUUAUUUUCAAUGACGGCCUAGGAACAGUGGGUUAACUGCCUUGUUCAGGGGCAGAACGACACAUUGUUCAGCUCGGGGAUUUGAUCUUGCAACCUUUCGGUUACUAGUCCAACGCUCUAACCACUAGGCUACCUGCCACCCAUCCAUCUGUUGGUCUUCUUCUGUGUGUUGCUCUGCCUGUUGACUUGGGUCCUUGUCCUGUUUGGCACCAGAAUGUAUAACACCAGUCUGGUCUGUGCUCAUAUGAUUGAUUUAAAAGCAAAUGGGGUCAAGCUGUUAUAGCAUAGGGUCAUUGUAGAUUUCACUGGUUUCAUUUCAGAAUAAUGGGUGCAAUAUCAGACUGCUCUCCCUCACUGUUUGCAGUUUAAAGAUAUACUCAGCAAUAUGACGUAGAUGCAGAAAGUAAACCGCAUUGGGGGGGGGGCUUCCCUAAGGCUCUACUUCGUGUGAGAGUGUAGUCUUGCAUCUUGAUCAUCUCCAUAUCUGCCGUGCUGCUCGUGGCAAUGUCAUUUAGCUGAGUCUACCUUUUAAUGCUGAUCAGAGAGCCGAUGGUGUGUUGAUCCAAGUCUGUUUGCUCAUUCAUGGCCCUUUGCCCUGAGUGACCCUGUGAGUAACCAAUAUGUGCCUGGCUUUUUACCGGUAUCAUGAUUUAUCUUGAAGUAUCAGUAGGAUUUUUGGGGAAAUGCCGCAAAGGGCUAAAAUAUCUUUCAUCUGAAUCACUUUGAUAAGUGGUUAUGUUAACUUGUGACUUACUAACUUUGGACUCCAGUAAACUUAAAUGUAUCCACAUAAAGCUAAAUCCAUACAAGCUUAAUAAAAAAUAAAGAGUUCAUAUUCACAAUUUUAUUUAUACCCAUUUGUUUAUAAAUAAUAUUCAGGUUUUUGUUGGUGUCUUUUAUAUUUUUGUAAAGGACAAAAUUCUUAAAUGUAUUUACACAGACAUUCCCUAUGCUCACUGCAAGAGAGAGGAAAACCAAUGCAUGACAUUUCUGUUUCUACACCCUUUUAUUAAAUAAAAGGUCAAGGAAAAUAAUCAUUAUUCAGGGUAUUAUAAGCACUACCUGUAUGUGGUAUAAGCUGCUGAGUGGAUUGUAAGGAUGAUGAACGGUUUUGCAAAUAAAUGUGGCUGCAUAGUUGCCAUGGAAAGCAAUCGUUUCCCCCAAAUUAAACUGUUAUACUUGUUUUUUCUUCAAAAUGAUUUAUUACUGAAUAACUAACUGUAUUGUAUAUUUUUGAUUAGUUGAUAUACGUUUUGCUCAUGUGCAUAUUUAGCACUUACCCUACUCUUCCUGGGGACCAAAUAGGAAACAAAACACAACAAAUAAAAUACAUAAUACCAUGUCA